AUGGUUGGAUAUUAGAUGAAUUAUUAGAAAAGUGUCAUCCAAUUUGUGGUGAUGGAAUUAUUCAAGGUUAAGAAGAAUGUGAUCAUACUAAUUUAAUAUCUAAUCAUUCUUGUUAUUAAUGCAAAUAUUCAUAUAUACAAUUUUGUUAAAUUUCUUAAUUUGGAAUUUGUCUAUAAUGUUAAGAUGGAUUUGAAUUUUCUGUAAAUAGGUAAUAUUGCAUACCUAGAUGUGAUGAUAGUAUCAUUUAAGUAUUCGAAAAAUGCAAUGAUUGUGAUAUAAAAUGUUAAGUUUGCAGAGAUUAAAAAUGUUAGUUGUGUGAAAUUGGAUGGAUACUUAUAGAUAAUACAUGUUAAUCUUUUUGUGGAGAUGGAGUAAUUGCUUUAAAUUCUAUUGAAUAAUGUGAUGAUGGAAAUUAGAUUGAAAAUGAUGGAUGUUUUGACUGCCAGAUUGAGUGCAUUCCUAAUUGCCUUUCAUGCUUCAAUACUGAAGUUUGUUUUAUGUGUUAAGAGCAUUUUCAAAUAAAAGAUUAAUCAUGUUUACCAAUCUGUGGUGAUGGCUUUAUAAUUAUUGGAUAUGAGUAAUGCGAUGAUGGAAAUAUUGAACCAUAUGAUGGAUGCAAUUAAUGUUAAUAUGAUUGUUCAUAAGGAUGUCUUGAUUGUGAAAAUGAACAAAUUUGUAGAUUAUGUCAAAGUUAAUACAUUUUAAAUAAUGAAACAGCUAAAUGUUAAGAGAUCAAAUCUUUAGACGAUUUGAAUAAAGAUAUAAAUAACUAUAAAGAUUAAAUUGAAAAUACUUUUAAUGUUAGGUGCAGUAACAAUUACAUUUUAAUAAAUAAUUAAUGUGUUAAUUAAUGUGGAAAUGGAUGGCUUGAUUUAGAAUAUGAACAAUGUGAUGAUGGAAACUUAAUUGGAGGAGAUGGAUGUACAUUUUAUUGUUUUGAAGAAGAUUCUUAUUAAUGUCAAAAUACAGAAGGUAGUAUGAGUCUGUGUUCUUACAUUUUAGGUCCUAAAUUUAUGCUAAAUCGUCUAUCGAGUGAAAAAAAUCAAACUUAAGUAAUUGAAUUAAGAUUUACAUAAAAAAUCAAAUUAUUAACUAAUUUAAGCUUUGAAGAAUUUGCAGCAGUCUCACUUAUUCCAGAUACUCAUGCAGCUAUUAAUAUUAAGCCAAUAGUAAAUCUAUCAACCAUAUUUGACUCUCCAAUUUAUUAAAUUUUUGUUGAAUUCAUAGAACCUGUCAAGGAUCCUGUUCUAUAAAUCGAUAUUGCUUAAUUUAUUAUUAAAAAUGAACAAGAUUUAGAUUUAAUUAACAAUUAGUCGCGAAUCAGUCUUGGUAACCCUUUUGUGUUAUCUGAGACAACUCAAAAAUAAGUAACAUAAAUCCUACUUCUUAAUGAUGGAAUGAUUUAUUCCAUGAUUAGUAUUUCAGGGUUAUCGUUGCUAGCUGGUAAUACCAUAAUGCUAUUUAAUUUAUUAGAUCUAUUAUAAUCUCUAUCCUAUAUUAGAUUUAUGUAAUAUUCAUUUCCACCUCAUUUAAUAUAAUUUCUGGACGCCUUUACAAAAAUAUCAUUAAAACCAAUAUUGGAUUAUUUUAGAAUUGAUGAAAUAUUAAGUUCCUUAAAUGGGGGAAGUUUACCAUUUUAAAGUAAAAAAUCUUCCAACAAGUAUUCAAAUUAAUUAAAUUAAUUAAACUAAUUUUACUUGCUGAACGCUAAAAGUUGUUAUUUCUCCAUAAUUGUUUCAUUAAUAACAUAUAUAAUUUGUAAUUUAAUCACAUCUCACAAGUUUGAAAUCUUACAUAAAAAUUUAUUCUAAAGAUACUAAAAUAAUUAUAGAUAUUUGCUGGUUGAUGGGUUUUUUACAAAAAAUCUUCAGAAAUUUUGCAAUAAAUUUAAAUAAUAAUACUUUUCUUUUGGGAUAUUUAAAGUUUAUAUAGCAAUACUUCAUUAGCUAUUAUUUAGUGCUUUUUUAUAAUUUCCAGAUUACAGCUUCAAUUCACCUCUUAUGGUUGUUAAUAGUAUAAAUGCAAUUAUUGGAUUAAUGGUAAUAAUAUAUAUUGGUUUAUAAUUACUUUCUAUUACAUCAUCUAAGAUAAAAGAUAAAAAUAAAUGGUUAUAUUUUUAUUAAGACUAAAAACUUUAAUUUUGGGCUGCUAAUUUUAGACCCUUUUAAAUCUACAGAAUAAUGUUUUAUAUAUUUACGAUUGUUGUAGCUCUAAACUAUCCAUAGGUAUAAUCAAUUUUACUUUCAAUGUCCUCGUUUUUUUAUUUAAGUUAUAUAUUAAAAUUUAAACCUAUUUAGUCUAACUAUGAAUAUGCCAAGCUAAUGUCAAGAGAAUUUUUCUUUAUUCUAAUAACAGGAUCAUUUUUAAUUUAUAGUUUUGAAUUUGAUGAAAAUUAACUGUUACUUUAUGGAUGGAUUCAUAUUACCCUUUUCACUCUAAUGUUAAUAUCAAAUUUAAUCAUUGAUUUAAUUGAGAACAUUGAUAAAGCAUUGUAAAAUUAUAAGAAAAAGAAAAAUUUAGAAAAAAUACAAGAAAUAAAAACUUAUCACUACAAUUCUCUUCAAAAAUUUAUUGAAGUUGCAGAUUUAAAAAAAAAAUGA